AUGCAGCUGGAGUUUUUUGCGGAGGAUGAUAUCGUGAAGAUAGUGCCCAAUUUUUCGCUGCCAACCUUCAGUCAUAGCAGUAUCAGGUGCAUCGGGGGCGCAUUCGGGCCGUUCAAGCCAAACAUUCCAGUUGAGGUGCCUAUCUGGCUUGCCGUGGCUCUUCAGAAGCGCAAUAAUUGCAGAAUCCUGCAGCCAGACUGGCUGAAUACUGAAACACUGCAAGAAGCACUGGAUCAGGAGAAGAAUACAGCUGCUGUGUUCCAUAGACUUCCUUUCCAUUACCUUGAGAUCUCAAGGAUAUUGUUUCUGCAUGCCAAGGAAGCAUUUGGCUCUAAUCUACUGAAGGUCAAGGAGCUUGUAGGUGACAUCUGCAAAGUCCGCUUGUCAAAGAUCAAUGCUGGUUUGCAAGUCUUGCAAGGGCCUAUGACAGUGAAGCUGAACAAUCUGUCAGCAGCAGAAUGCAAUGUCAUCCGUCCAUUUUUUCAAGGGGCGCUUGACAGAUUCCAUCUGCUCGCAGCGGUAUGA